AUGCAGGGCCGAGUAGGAGAUGGACCUGCAGGAGCCGGCGCUUGUUUCGUCGGGGGGUUUCUUUCCGUAGCGGCGCCGACGUCCCGUCACUCGUUCCGUUAUUCAGGCCCGCGACCCCCUCCUUCUGGGCAGACGCAGGCGGAGAGUGGCAGUGGGGAGGAGGAUGAGGAGGAGGGUGAGGGCGAGGAGGAUGAGGACGAUGAGGGGAGCGGGGAUGACAGUGAGGCCGGGUGGGAUCCCGAGACGCAUGGUGGUGGGGAAGGGGGGGAUGAUGAGGAGGACCAUGAGAUGGAUGGGUUGGAGCCAGAGGAGGUGGACGAGGGGGUGGGAGAGGGUGGUGGAGGGGCGGCGACAGAGGCGGCCUCACAGCAUGUGGCUGAAGGAGGAGAGAGCGUGGGGGUUAAGGUGGGGAGAAAGCAGGCGUCCAUUGCGGGGCCGAAGCGGAGGAAGAGGGCGAACAAGUUGAGGGAGCGAGCGUAUCCCUGCACAUUCACUGGGAAGCCCUUGGGCGAGGGUGUGGUCGCUCCAGAGUUCCUAGACGAGGACAGAGGGUCCGAGAAUAGUAAGGGGACUGGCUUGUCGAAGACCGACAAGAAGAAGGUGGAGAGUUUGCGCCUGACAGACGCAGACUGGGAGACCCUGCAGGCGGUGAAGACAUUCCUAAGCCCCUUCGCCAAGGUCUCCAAGGCAGCUGAGACGGCGGCGUACCCGACUGUGUCGAUGGUGGUGCCGUACUACAACGGCCUGAUCGACACCAUGGAGUCGCGCCUUGCCAAGGGGCCAUCUCCGACGCUGCAGCCGAUGAUCGUGGCGGCGCUGAGCCACUUGAAGAAGUACGCCUACAUCACCAGCAACGAGUACUGGAUCGCCACCUUCUUGGACCCAUCCAUGAAAGCGGCGUGGUUCGACGACGCGCACUGGGAGAAGCUGCAUCCCGAGACUGACAGGAGGGUGAGGACGCGUCCGGCGUCUGGCGAGGUGAUCAAGCUGGUGCGCGACCGCGUGGCCGAGUACCAGGCCCGGGCUGCAGAGCUUGCUCCACGGCCGACCCCACUUGCCCCCCUUGCGGAGGAGGAGGGAGACGAGGCGGAGGACGACGAUGACACGCAGUUUCUCCCUAGUCACCGACGACUUGCGGCGCGUCUGUCGGCGAGCCAGGAGGCGGGGGGGGGGGGGGGGGGUGGGAUGGUGCAGGAUGACGAGGUUAGCAGGUACUUGUCCGAGAGGGUGCGGUGCGACGUGACAGCGCUAGAGUACUGGCGCAGUGCCACCAACAUGCAGACGCUGAGGCGCAUGGCCCGGGAUUAUCUCGCCAUCCCUGCCACGUCCGCUUCGAGUGAGCGGGUGUUCUCCCUUGGUCGCAACCUCAUUUCCUGGAAGCGGCACCGCCUGGCCUCUCAGAGGACGCGAGCUGUCAUGAUUCUCAGAUCAUGGUACAGUUCACACCCUGGCCAGAGGAUAGGCGAGGGCCGCCGACCGAGAGGCGUCGCACCACCAGAGUUCGCCAUUGAGGGCGAGGGGGCAGAGGAGGAUGACGAGGAGGAGGAGGAGGAGGGUGUGGAGGCUGACGACACAGCUGGUGGAGAGGAUGCUGUUGUUGGUAGUAGCAGUGCAGUGGCGCCUUAG